AUGCGUUCCUUCUUCACUUUGCCCGUCCUAGCUGCAGUUGUUGCAGCUGCUCCCAGACCCCAAGACAUCGACUUUGAUCUGGUCGAGCAGGCUGCAGACCCUGUUCUUGUCACUCCCGCGAUCGAUGUUGCGACGCAAGUGGCUACUGUAGCCGCUGUCACUGAGCAGGCUGCUGCAGCAUCUGCUGCGGUCUCGGCAGAGCCUGCUAUGAACAGUGCUUCUCCUGUCACCAAGCGUGAUCUUGGCACGAGAGACUCGACUUGCGCAAAGCAGAAAGCAGGAAAAGGACCUGUCGCUAGCCCUGAUACGCCAGAGGCCUUUUUGGCGCUUGAUCAGUUGUCGACUCUGAGUACAACCAUGGCUACUCCUUAUGGCUACUCUCAAGUUUUCGCCAACCAGAAGGCUUCUCUCAGCGCUAGUGUAUACAUGGGCUUGCACACCUUGGACAGCUAUGAUGUUCCUGGCUGCCAGUCUAUCUGUGAUCAGAACUCUGGAUGUGUUGCAUUCAACAUGUACGCAGAGCGUGAUCCUAUUCUGGACCCAAACCCGACCAAGUGUCCUAACCCAGCCAGCACAACCAACUACAAGUGCACCAUCUGGGGAGCACCUGUUUCUGUCGAACAGGCAAACAACUUCGGCCAAUGGCGUGCUUCAUUCAGCGUAGUCAUUGCAGCCUCGAAUGCCUACAACAAGGAUGCCCCACCACCUUCCGUCUCUGGCUUCACCGACCCUGUCGGUUUAGGCGGUGCCAUUAACGCCCCUCUAGACUCGAACCACCAGGAUACCUUCAUGGGUAGCAAGUUCUUCCCCUUUUCCCAAGACCAAGGCUUUACUCUCGAGUCUUGUACCAGCGCUUGUACAGCACAGACGACUUACAACAAGGCCCAUCCUAACAAGGACGGCAGCUUCAAGACCUGCGCUUUCGUGAACGGUUACGUCUUGUCCAGGGCUGGUGUUCCUCAGGGUCUCUACUGCUCCAUGUACAGCCAGACUUGGGCUACUUCUUACGCCACCAACUAUGGUCAAUACCGCGGAUCGGUGAGAUACACCGUCAGCAACAGCUACGCAUACUCAGUCGUCACUCGUCCCGAGAUCCCUGCCGGAGUCUACUGCCCUCAAGGACGCUCGGAAGCCCACAAGUCUUGCGGAAGAUACUCUCUGCUCCCUGCAUCUGUGGCCGCCAUCCCAUCCAUCUUUGCCGCAUCUGGAGAUCUCUCGACCUGUGGACUAGACUGUCUGGCCCACCCUGAUUGUCUCGCUUGGUCAACAAACUAUAACAAAUUGUUCGGCGACGACGAGGAGCAAGGACACUGUCAGUUUUAUACACAGCGUGUGGCUGAUAUUAUUGGCGAGUACGACCACAAGAGCUGGGAGUGGACUCGCGAUGAUUCGUACGCUACGUUGUUCGACUAUGAUUGUUUCGAUCAACAAGGCAAUGGCUGCACUGAAGGUUUCCAGAGGUAG